ACCGACUAUAGGAAAACCACCCCCAUCCCCCGAGGAGUGGUGGUUCCGAGAGACUCCACCAUUUCCUCCCCCGUGUAUUGUCAGUACGGCGCCGGUGGUUGUUGCUAUUGCACGCAGCAAUCUUAUCCCCGUGGAUACGUUCUCGCGUCGUUCGAUAGAUCGCGAUUCUUCUACGAUUAAUCUGUCGAGUUUAAAAAAAAAAAAAAAUCAGCGGAAGAGAAGGAAGCGAUUACGAAAGGGCGCCAGAGAAUUUUCCGGACGAUACAUGAAACUACGAAUCAGGUUGACGGAUGGUGCUGGUGAAAAAUCCAUCUCCAACGCGCGGCCCGAGCCCUCAACGAGACAAUGCGAAGAACGGAAGGUCAAAAGGACGAGGAGGAGGACGGGGCUCGCGCGGGAAUAGUCCCGGCAAACAAACUGGUUCGCGAGGAAGUAGCCCGGCAAAGAGCGGCGGUUCCGAUUCCAAAAAAAAGGGGAAAGGGGUAUUAUUGCACUCGCAGGGCAACGAAGUUGGUAGUAUCGAAAAAUUGAUAGACGGCGACAAACGGAUAAUUGCGACUAAACACCUACUUCCGGAAAAUAAUAUAAAUGUCGUUGUCAGAGUUCGCCCACUCAGUAAUAAAGAAAUCAAAUCCGGUGAUGAGAUGGCCGUGCAUUUUCCCGGCGAUGGACAAAUAUACUGCGAUGCAGUCACGAGCAGCGGCGACAAAAAGCCAAAGGUAUUUUCCUACAACGUCGUUUUCGAGCCGGAUGCUUCGCAGGAGGAUAUUUUGCAAUACUCCGGUAUUAAAAAUCUCAUUGAGAUGGCGGUGGAAGGCUUUAGCUGCACCGUGUUUUGCUAUGGACAAACUGGUAGUGGCAAAACGCAUACUCUGACUGGACCUCCGAAACUUUUUGAGAAAAUGGAUCCAUAUUCGGAGGAUCAUGGUCUGGUCUUCCGUUCCUUCGUCUACCUGUUUAAAGUCCUUCAAGAACAUGAGAAGUGCAAUUUUGUACUAAAGGCUUCCUUCUUGGAAAUCUAUAACGAGAAGGUGAUAGAUCUUUUAAAUCCCGGAACUUCGAGAAAAUCUCUAGCGGUUCGGUGGAGCAAAAAAACACGCGGAUUCUUUGUUGAGAAUCUCUUUACAGUGGAAUGUGAAGAACUUGACGAUCUUUUAGCGGUUCUCGAAGAAGGAAUGAGAAAUAGAUCUAUCGGUACGCACAAUAUGAACGAAUAUUCCAGUAGAAGCCAUUCAAUUCUGACUGUAACUAUAAUUUCUGAGCAAGCAAUGGAAAACGGUGUGUUUAUCUCAAAACAAGGUAAAAUUAAUUUCGUCGACCUCGCCGGAAGCGAGAUGACAAAAAAAACUCAAAGCGAAGGCAAGACCUUAGAAGAGGCAAACAACAUCAAUAAAAGUCUUAUGGUAUUAGGAUAUUGUAUUGCUUCCUUAAGUGACAGUAAACGGAAAGGGGGCCAUAUUCCUUAUCGAGACAGUAAAUUGACAAAGCUUUUGGCCGACAGCCUUGCCGGAAAUGGCGUCACAUUAAUGAUCGCCUGCGUUUCACCAGCUCGUUCAAACGCCAAUGAGACUUUAAAUACCUUGAGAUAUGCUGCGAGAGCGAAAAAGAUUGCCACCAAACCCAUUAUAGUGAUGGAUCCACGCGAAGCUCUGAUUCUUAGCUUAAAACGAGAAGUUGGGGCACUUCAGACUGAGAACGAACAUCUAAGAAUGACCCUUCAUCUUAAUGAAACUCAAAAUAUGAUUCGUAGCGAAUCCAAAGCCGAACGACGGAUACCCGUGACACCGCCUCCGGUAGAUUUCGACAAAUUGGCCGAGAUGGAGAGCUCGGAACUGAGCCAAUUGAUCCGCGCAUAUAUCACCGAGAAUGAGGCUCUUCGUCGCGAAAAUGCGGAACUCUACGCCACGCGAGAGCAGGUGAUAAGGGACCAGGAUCUUGUUUGCCGAGAAAACGAGAGACUACUCAGGAAAUUGGAGGACGUAAACUCAGUGUGCUGUCGAUCGCCUAUAAUACCAGCGAGGCCCUCGUAUUCGGCGGAGUUAUUGCGCGAUAACAAUAAUGAAGACAUACCUGGUGCAACUAAUGUCUGGACCAAUCCAAACGCUGCUCCCAGCCCGGUGUACUCCUUUUCAAGGCAUGCAAUCAAUAGCGGAUUAUACAGAUCGGCUGGUAAUAUGCCGGAGAAGGUGCUCAAGGAGCUCGACAAACGCAGGAUUGUCGGCAGUUACAAUAAUAUCGCCGAAGCUUACAAGGACAAGAGCAGUCACCGCCGGCACAAUUCAUGGGAUAACAGUAAUCGGUCCAUGAUCAGUCCGGAACAGAGAAUCUCUCCGAUAGAUAUAAAUCAUCAAAGUCGAAAGACGACCUUGCGGCGUACCUCGACGGUUCCUGAGGAGGGCAAGCCUCCGCCAAAAACGGGCGAGCAGCCCACAGCGAUGCCCAUUGAGCAAUCCAACAGCUCGCCCGAUUCGAUCCUGAGCGGUCCUCUCGACGUGGGUGGCACGUCCGCCCCCGACACCGCGGAGUCGAUCGCACCCACCGUACCCUUUCCGCCGAUAUCGCACUCACCUUCGUCCUCCGCGACUUCGGAAACGGAACGGCAGAACCGGAAGUCGUGGGCCAGCAGCGCCAGGAGGAACAAGGAUGAAGAGAAGAGCAAGGAUGAAGAGAAGAACAAGGAUGAGCAGCGGGCGUUCGGAAGUCCGGUCUCCGUCGAUGAGGACGAUGAGGGAUUUUAAGAGCGUGAACCUGGAAAAAUAAAUACGAAUAAUAUCUUAUCCUCGAUCUUAUUCGAGGAAACAUUAUCGAACCAGAAGUCUUUCUCCUUCUCUCUCGCUCUCGCGUUUUAUUCUAAUCUCUGUGAGAAUCUUUCAAAUCAAUCUUUAUUAAUUAAUCAUACAAUUGUAAUUGUAAGAUAUACACACUACUCUAUCUCUACACACGCAUGUGAAAGAAAUAUUUUUUCCUUGGUUUCUAUCAUACCUCGAAGACUUCGAAAGAGAAGUAAAAAUUGUGUACAAAAUAUAUAGAUAAAUGAAAGCUCUGUAAGAAAUGAAUUAAUUAAAGUGGA